CCCUUUUAAAGUCCAUCAUAUAGCUAUUCACUCAUUUAACCUCCAAUUUCUUCACUUCACAAUUCUCAUUUUCUCUGCAAAUUCACAAACAGAGUAACCGAGAGCGUCUCAACAAUUCUUCAAGAAUUGUCGUAAAGAUGAAUGACCUGAUGACGAAAUCAUUCUUAAGUUAUGUGGAAUUGAAGAAACAGGCUAUGAUGGAUGUUGAAGCAGGGCCUGAUAUUGAGAUGGGUCAACUCGACCCUACUGAUGAAAGAAACCUCUCAAAAUUCUUUGAAGAAGUUGCUGUAAUUAAGUCUGAUAUGGAAGAGAUUAACAAUCUUCUUGUCAAUCUUCAAGACCUUAAUCGAAAAACCAAAUCAGCCCCGAGUGCCAAAAUUCUUCAAGGACUUAGAGAUCAGAUUAACUCUGACAUUAUUACUGUUCUUAGAAAGGCGAAAAUGAUCAAAACAAGACUUGAAUUGCUAGAUAAAUCCAAUCUUGACAAUCGUGGCGUGUCAGGAAGUCCCGUUGAUCGAACGAGGAUUUCAGUGACUAAUGGUUUGAGAAUUAAACUGAGGGAUAUGAUGAAUGAUUUUCAGUGCUUAAGGGAAAAUAUUGUAGCAGAACACAAAGAAGGCUUAAGAAAACAGUAUAGUAAUGCCAACGGGGAGGAACCGAGCGAGGAGGCGAUUGAAAAGAUGAUGCAAGAAAGGGUUUUUGAAAAGGGGGUGGUGGAGAACCAGGAUAGACAUGAAGCUGUGAAAGAGAUACAGAAAAGCUUGGUUGAGCUGCACCAAGUGUUUCUUGAUAUGGCUGUUAUGGUUGAGACACAAGGUGAUCAAAUGAACAAUAUUGAGCAAAAUGUGGUUAAUGCUGGUGGAUAUGUGAAUGGUGGGAUGAAGGAGUUAGAUCGUGCUAAUCGAAUGAAGAGAACGAGGACUUGGGCUUGUUGGAUUGGCGCGUUGGUGCUGAUUUUCUUGUUGAUAUGCCUUAUUGCAAUUCUAUUUUGAAUUCAGGGUCUUUGGGGCUCUCUAUCACUUUUCAUUAUGUGCUUCUGUUCCUUCUCUGAUGGCGAUGGACAGAUAUCUGUUCUCUUAUAGACAUAAUACGGCUAUGUGAUGAAUUUAUGCUCAUCAACUGCUUCUAUGUAAAAUAGAUUGAAAAUGAUACAUCACAUUUGGAGAUUGGAGUAUAGUAUAUAUUGAAUUUGAUCAAGAUUUUUCUUCUUA